CCACUCUUACCCACUCCCCCACCCAUAUGUUUGAUUUUCUCUAUCCUCUCUCUCUCUCUCUCUUCACCUCAACUGUCACUGUUCUCUUCCUCUUUCCUUUCUUCGUUGAACAAAUCUGUGCGAUUUACUGCUCCCAGUCCCUCUCUCCCUCAGCUCUGCUCAUUAUACUCGCAUUGUGCCUCCCCUGAUGUUGAAUUAGUCCUCCAUUGAAACCCCUCUAAAACGUUGAGCGGAUCAGUCCCCUUCUCUCUCCUGGAGCUCUGCUGUGAGCCAUUUUCUGAGCUCGAAACGGCCUCGGGAAGAGUGUUAGGGUUCAUCUCCGUGGCCUCCCGGACCCUCUGAUUUGUGGGUAUCCCCUCUUUUUUUGUUGGCUCUUCUCUGCGGGCAGCUGAGAUGAGGGGGUCGAUCCGGGAACCGCCGGCGAUUUGAUGGAAUCGGCAAUAGUGUGGAUGCUGGCGCCUGAUUUUUUUGACCUUCCAUGGAGGUAACGGUCCGCGGGAGCUUCUGUGCCGUUCCACGAUUGGUGGCUAAGCUCCGAUUCGCAGCCGUUACUCUCGAGAUUAUUCUGCUGCUGCCGCUGUGUUUUGAAGCUGGAAAUGCAAUAGUCGUUGAAAACCAACACGAAUGGCACAACCAUGAAAGGACAGACCAAAAGAUUAGUUCCCAUUCAUGUAUACAUGACCAAAUACUCGAACAAAGGCGGAGGCCUGGACACAAAGUAUACUUAGUUACCCCACAGGUCUAUCAGGAAUCAAGCAUCCCUAAACCCUUGCACCGGAAAGGAAGGGCAUUGCUUGGACUUUCUGAUUCCGCCCACCAGCAAAAGGAUGCAAAGCAGCCCAUUAGGAUAUACCUUAACUAUGAUGCAGUGGGACACUCGCCUGACAGAGACUGCAGGAAUGUUGGUGAAAUUGUGAAGCUCGGGGAGCCUCCUGUAAACUCUCUUCCUGAUAGCCCUUCUUGCAAUGCACAUGGUGAUCCUCCAGUUUUCAGUGACUGCUGGUAUAACUGUACUUUGGAUGAUAUUUCUGGAGAGGACAAACAGCAUCGCCUUCGGAAGGCUCUUGGCCAGACAGUUGACUGGUUCAGGAGGGCUUUGGCCGUGGAGCCUGUGAGGGGAAAUCUGCGGUUAAGUGGGUAUUCUGCUUGCGGACAAGAUGGUGGAGUGCAACUUCCGCGUGAAUAUGUGGAAGAUGGUGUUGCUGAUGCUGAUUUAGUUCUGUUGGUAACAACAAGACCAACCACUGGCAACACACUGGCUUGGGCAGUGGCAUGUGAGCGAGAUCAAUGGGGCCGUGCAAUAGCUGGACAUGUCAAUGUUGCCCCUCGCCAUUUGACUGCUGAAGCAGAGACUUUACUUUCAGCUACCCUUGUACACGAGGUAAUGCAUGUUCUUGGUUUUGAUCCCCAUGCCUUCGCCCAUUUUAGGGAUGAUAGAAAAAGAAGGCGUGGACAGGUGACAGAACAGGUCAUGGAUGAAAAACUUGGGCGUGCAGUUACUCGAGUUGUGCUUCCACGUGUAGUGAUGCAUUCGCGGUUUCACUAUGGGGCAUUCUCAGAGAAUUUUACUGGUUUGGAGCUAGAAGAUGGCGGUGGACGUGGCACGUCAGGAUCCCACUGGGAGAAAAGACUCUUGAUGAAUGAGAUCAUGACGGGCUCUGUUGACACCCGAUCUGUUGUCUCCAAAAUGACUUUGGCAUUAUUGGAGGAUAGUGGUUGGUAUGAGGCUAAUUAUAGCAUGGCAGACCGUCUUGAUUGGGGCCGAAACCAAGGAACUGAGUUUGUUACAUCACGGUGUGAUCAAUGGAAGGGUGCUUAUCACUGCAACACGACACAAUUUUCGGGCUGCACAUAUAACAGGGAAGCUGAGGGCUAUUGUCCUAUUGUAAGUUAUAGUGGGGACCUUCCUCAGUGGGCCCGCUAUUUUCCACAAUCUAACAAAGGUGGACAGUCCUCUUUGGCUGAUUACUGUACCUACUAUGUCGCUUACUCUGAUGGCUCGUGUACUGAUGCUAACAGUGCAAGGCCACCUGACAGGAUGUUGGGUGAAGUUCGUGGCAGUAGUUCCAGGUGCAUGGCCUCGUCGUUGGUGCGAACUGGGUUUGUACGUGGUUCGAUGACUCAAGGAAAUGGCUGCUAUCAACAUAGAUGUGUAAAUAACUCACUAGAGGUAGCUGUUGAUGGCAUUUGGAAAGUAUGUCCAGAUGCAGGCGGCCCUAUUCGAUUUCCUGGGUUCAACGGCGAAUUGAUCUGCCCUGCUUACCACGAACUCUGUAGCACCAGUUCAGCUAGAGUGGUGGGGCAGUGUCCCAAUUCAUGUAGCUUUAAUGGAGACUGUGUUGAUGGGAAGUGUCGCUGUUUCCUCGGGUUCCGUGGACAUGACUGUAGCAAACGUUCCUGUCCUGGUAACUGUAGUGGACGUGGGAGGUGUCUUAGGAAUGGAGUUUGUCAAUGUCAAGAUAGAUAUACUGGUGUCGAUUGCUCGACAGAGGUCUGUGACGAGCAGUGCAGCCUCCAUGGUGGGGUCUGUGACAAUGGAAAGUGCGAGUUCCGAUGUUCAGACUAUGCGGGCUACACAUGCCAGAAUAGCUCAUCCCUAUUGUCGAGCCUCUCUGUGUGUCAGGACGUGCUUGAGGUGGACAAGUUGGGGCAGCAGCAUUGCGCUCCUAGCGAGCCGAGCAUUCUCCAGCAGCUGGAGGAGGUUGUCGUCAUGCCUAACUACCACCGGUUAUUUCCGGGAGGGGCUCGGAAGCUGAUUAACAACCUCUUUAACAAACACUAUGACUGUGACACGGCCGCUAAGAAGCUAGCCUGUUGGAUAUCGAUCCAGAAAUGCGACAAGGAUGGUGAUAACAGGCUUCGGGUGUGCCACUCAGCAUGCCAGUCAUAUAACAGAGCUUGUGGGGCCUCCCUCGACUGCUCUGACCUAACUCUUUUCAGCGGCGAGAGUGAGGACGGGAAUCAAUGCACAGGAUCUGAAGAGACUUCUCAGUUAAGAGGCAGAUCGGCUCUACGAGGAAAAACCUCCCGAGCCCUUGAAGCCCUAAGAGAAAUGUUUGUAAUGUACAGGUAGCACCAGAAAAUUUUCGUUUUUAUGCAUCUUAUUUUCCUCUUUAUUUUUAGAUAUGGGUUGUAGCUCUCAUUAGGGUGGUCGUUAGACGUAGGAAGUGGUGGCACGAGCCUGGAAUUAGGUUCUUAGUUUUCCCUUUUAAUUUUUACCCGACCCGAAAGUAAUUUGAGGAAAAACCGGGCGGGAAUGUUAUUCGAAACUCGGGGGCUUUUUAAGGAUGAAAGCCGCGCUGUAGAGAAAAACCGAAAAAAGAAAGCGAUUGUAUGGAGUUUGAGAAGAAGAAGAAGAUGAAGAAAUGAAAAUAGAGGGAAGCUUUUGUCGGAGAUGAUGUUUUUGAACUGUUGUAAGUUUUCGGCCGAAGGCCUCGAAGUAUUUACUAAAUGGAGAAAAAGCAUUUUCUGUGUUUCCUUUGUUC